AUUUGAUGUCGUCAGAAUAGAUUGAUUUUUUGGUGGUGGUGUUUUUUUGGUGAAUAUUUUUUUUCUCUAAUUCGAAUCUUUUUUUUCUGGAGCAAUGAUGACGUUCAUAUGAAUAUUCAAAGAUUUUCUUAAUCUACCUGUUGAAUAUACCUACAUAAUCAUCGUUCGAAAACGAUUAUCAUCAAAAUCAUCAUCAAAAAUGGUUAUCGUAACCAGGGACGAUUAUAUUUGGGUUGAACCACAAACCAAACAAGCAUUCGAUGUUGCUAUCGGUGCUCGUGUGAAAGCAGUUGAAGGACAAAAAACAUUGAUCAUUGAUGAUGAUGGCAAUGAAAUAUGGUUAGAACCCGAACGACGGAUCAAAGCAAUGCAUCCAACAUCGGUUCAUGGUGUUGAAGAUAUGAUUUCAUUAGGUGAUCUACAUGAAUCAGGAAUACUGCGUAAUCUUUUGAUUCGUUAUAAUGAUAGUAUUAUCUAUACAUAUACCGGUUCAAUAUUAGUGGCUGUAAAUCCAUAUCAAAUAUUACCAAUAUAUACAAUUGAACAGAUAAAAUUAUAUCGUGACAAAAAAAUUGGUGAAUUACCACCACAUAUAUUUGCUAUCGGUGAUAAUGCCUAUAAUAAUAUGAAACGUUAUGGACAAAAUCAAUGUAUUAUAAUUAGUGGUGAAAGUGGUGCAGGUAAAACUGAAUCAACCAAAUUAAUUUUACAAUAUCUGGCUGCUAUUAGUGGCCAGCAUUCAUGGAUUGAACAACAAAUAUUGGAAGCUAAUCCAAUACUUGAAGCCUUUGGAAAUGCCAAAACAAUUCGUAAUGAUAAUUCAAGUAGAUUUGGAAAAUAUAUUGAUAUUCAUUUCAAUAAACACGGUGUGAUUGAAGGUGCAAAAAUUGAUGAAUAUUUAUUGGAAAAAUCACGUAUCGUUAAUCAGGCGAUUGAUGAAAGAAAUUAUCAUAUUUUUUAUUGUAUGUUGGCUGGUCUUAGUAAAGAAGAUCGAACGAAAUUAGAAUUACAAGAUGCAUCAAAAUAUUAUUAUUUGACACAAGGUGGAUCGAUUACCUGUGAAGGACGUGAUGAUUCAGCCGAAUUUGCCGAUAUUCGUUCGGCAAUGAAAGUAUUAAUGUUUACCGAUUCAGAAAUUUGGGAUAUAUUGAAAAUCCUAAGCCUUUUACUUCAUAUUGGUAAUAUAAAAUAUAAAGCAAUGUUAGUAUCAAAUUUAGAUGCAUCAGAAAUUAUAAAUAUAUCAAGUACGGAAACCGCCGCACGAAUAUUACAAGUUGAUCGACAAAAUCUAAUUGAUGCACUGACAACAAGAACAAUAUUUGCACAUGGUGAAAUUGUUGUAUCAACAUUAAGCACUGAACAGGCACAAGAUAUACGUGAUGCACUGGUUAAAGGAAUUUAUGGCCGAAUGUUUAUAUGGAUUGUUAAUAAAAUUAAUUCAGCAAUUUAUCGCCAAAAAACAUCACAACAACAUUAUCGUAGUUCAAUCGGUGUUCUCGAUAUAUUUGGUUUUGAAAAUUUUAAUGUUAAUAGUUUUGAACAAUUUUGUAUAAAUUAUGCAAACGAAAAUCUACAACAAUUUUUUGUUCGUCAUAUUUUCAAAUUGGAACAAGAAGAAUAUAAUCUGGAAACAAUUAAUUGGCAACAUAUUGAAUUUGUUGAUAAUCAAGAUGCAUUGGAUUUGAUUGCCACCCGGCCAAUGAAUAUAAUGGCAUUGAUUGAUGAAGAAAGUAAAUUUCCAAAAGGAACUGAUGUUACAUUGUUGAAUAAAUUGCAUAAAACACAUAGUACAAAUGAUAAUUAUCUAAAACCAAAAGCUGAUAUUGAUCAAUCAUUUGGCUUGAAUCAUUUUGCUGGUGUUGUUUUUUAUAAAACUGAAGGUUUUCUUGAAAAAAAUCGUGAUACAUUCAAUGCCGAUCUAAUACAAUUGAUACAAGUUAGCCAGAAUAAAUUUCUAAAACAAUUAUUUGCAAAUGAUUUUUCAAUGGGACAAGAUACUCGAAAAAAAGCACCAACAUUGAGUACACAAUUUAAAAAAUCUUUGGAUUCAUUAAUGCGACAAUUAAGCAGUUGUCAUCCAUUUUUCAUUCGUUGUAUUAAGCCAAAUGAAUAUAAAAAACCAAUGAUGUUUGAUCGAAUUCUUUGCUGUAAACAGCUAAGAUAUUCAGGAAUGAUGGAAACCAUACGAAUUCGUCGUGCUGGCUAUCCAAUACGACAUACAUUUGCAGAAUUUGUUGAACGAUAUCGAUUUUUGAUUUCGGGUAUACCACCAGCACAUAAAGUUAAUGAUUGUCGUUUGGUUACUGCCAAAAUUUGUGCCACCGUUCUAAUCAAAUCGGAUUAUCAAUUGGGUAAAACAAAAGUUUUUCUUAAAGAUGCACAUGAUCUGUUUCUGGAACAAGAACGUGAUCGUGUAUUAACCAAACAUAUUAUUACAUUACAACGUGCAAUUCGUUGUUGGUAUUAUCGAAGAAAAUUUCUGCAAACAAAAAAUUCCGCAAUCAUAAUACAAAAAUAUUAUCGUGGAUUUAUACAGAGGAAAAAAUUCCGUCAAAUUCGUAUCGGCUAUUAUCGUUUACAAGCCCUGAUACGUUCCCGAAUUUUAACCAAUCAAUUUCGUUGUCUACGUAAUCAUAUUGUUGCAUUACAAGCAAUUAGUCGUGGUUAUUUACUACGUAAAGAAUUUAAAUCAAGACAAAAAGCUGCCAUUAAAAUUCAAUCAUUCAUAAGAGGUUUUAUUGCCCGGAAAAAAUUUAUAAAAUUACGUGAUGAAAGUCAAAAAUUAAUUGAAGCAAAAAUCCUAAAAGAACAAGAAGUCAAUCAAUUAAUGAAAAAAAUGAAUGCAAAAAAGGCAAAAGAAAUUGCCGAACAAAAAUAUAAUGAAAGAUUACAGGAAUUUGAAAUCCGUAAAAAAGAAAUAGAAAUUGAAGAUCAGAAAAAAAUUGCCGAGAAAAAAGCAGCUAUUACGGAUGCUGUAUUAAGACAAGAAGAAGUUGUUGAUGAUUCAAAAUUGGUUGAUGCAAUGUUUGAUUUUCUACCAAGAGCUGAAAGUCAAAAUGAAAAUCAAGCGCAAAAUGGUGUUGGUGGUGGUCAAAAUCAAAAUGGUCCCAGUGCUUUUAGUGAUUUAGAACAACCAUUGAAUGUGAAUAAUAAUGAACAAAAUGGUCAAAAUGAUACAAGUAAUGAAUUAAUUGUACCACAAUUACCACAAGAAAAUGAUAAUGAAGAUUUAUCUGAAUAUAAAUUUCAAAAAUUUGCAUCAACAUAUUUUCAGGCAAAUGUUACACAUCAAUAUCAACGAAAACCAUUAAAACAACCAUUAUUGGCAUUAAAAACACAAGGUGAUUGUAUGGCAUCAAUAGCAUUAUGGAUUACAAUUCUACGAUUUAUGGGUGAUUUAGGUGAACCAAAUUUUCAUACAUUAGGUAGAGAUAAUACAUCGGUUAUGAGUAAAGUAACAGCAACAUUAGGUAGAAAUUUUAUUAAAAGUAAAGAAUAUCUUGAUGCACAAUUAAAUGGUCAUCAUAAUGAUGAUCAACAACAACAACAACAACAACAACAAAAUAAUAAUCAUGAACAAACAGUGAAACCAAAAUCUCGUUCAAUUCGUAAUAAAUUAGUAUCAUUAACAUUGAAAAAAAAGAAUAAAUUAAGUGAAGAUGUACGACGACGAUUGCAGGAAGAUGAUUUGGCUGCCGAUACUUAUAGUAGUUGGUUAGAAUCAAGGCCAACAUCGAAUUUGGAAAAAUUACAUUUUAUCAUUGGACAUGGUAUACUUCGUGAAGAGCUUAGGGAUGAAAUUUAUUGUCAGAUUUGUAAACAAUUGACUCAUAAUCCAUCAAAAAGUUCACAUGCUAGAGGUUGGAUUUUGUUGUCGCUUUGUGUAGGUUGUUUUGCACCAUCCAAAAAGUUUGUAAAAUAUUUGUUGAAUUUCAUCCGAGAAGGACCACCCGGUUAUGCACCAUAUUGUGAAGAUCGAUUACGACGAACAUUUGUAAAUGGUACAAGAGGACAGCCACCAUCAUGGUUAGAAUUACAGGCAACCAAAUCAAAACGUCCACUUUUAUUACCAAUUACAUUUAUGGAUGGUAAUACAAAAACAUUAUCAGCCGAUUCAGCAACAACAGCACGAGAAUUAUGUGCAAAAUUGUCGGAAAAAAUUGAUCUAAAAGAUCAAUUUGGAUUUUCUCUAUACAUUGCUUUAUUUGAUAAAGUUUCAUCAUUAGGUAGUGGUGGUGAACAUGUUAUGGAUGCUAUUUCACAAUGUGAACAAUAUGCCAAAGAACAAGGUGCACAAGAACGUAAUGCACCAUGGCGUUUAUUUUUUCGUAAAGAAAUUUUCGCUCCAUGGCAUGAUCCAAGUGUGGAUCCAGUUGCCACUAAUCUUAUCUAUCAACAAGUAGUACGUGGUGUAAAAUUUGGUGAAUAUCGUUGUGAAAAGGAAGAAGAAUUGGCUAUGAUUGCUGCACAACAAUAUUAUGUUGAAUUUGGUCAGGAAUUUAAUACGGAAAAUCUUUCAACAGUUAUUGUUAACUAUAUACCUGAUCAUCAUUUACAUUCGAAUGAAAAAAGUAUUGAAAAAUGGACUAAUCUUAUCAUAAUGGCCUAUAAAAAGAGCUAUUUUCAUAAAGAAAAAAUUGCAUCAAUCAAAAUCAAAGAAGAUAUUACUGAAUAUGCAAAAUAUAAAUGGCCAUUAUUAUUUUCACGGUUCUAUGAAGCACUUCGUAUUGAAGGACCAUUAUUACAAAAAAAUGAUAUUAUUAUUGCUAUAAAUUGGACGGGUAUUUAUAUGGUUGAUGAUCAAGAACAAGUAUUACUUGAAUUAUCAUUUACAGAAAUAACUAAUACUGAAAGUCAUAAAAGUGAUCGACCUUUUAUGCAAAAUUUCAUUAUAACAACUGUUCGUGAUGAAAAAUUUGUCUUUCAAUCACCAAAUUCGAAUGAUAUUUGUGAAUUGGUUAAUUUUUUUAUUGAUGGACUGAAAAAUCGUUCAAAAUUUGUUAUUGCAACACAAGAUUAUCGAGCACAAGCAUCAAGUGCAUUAUCAUUUAAUCAAGGUGAUUUAAUGAUUUUGGAAAAUAAUUUGAAUGGGGAAAAUGUUCAAAAACAAUCUUGGGUACAAGUACGAUUGGAUAAAAGUGGUGAAAAAGGUGAUGUUCCAACAGAAUAUCUUUAUGUUUUACCAACAACAAGUAAACCAUCCAAUUCAACAUUGGCCAUAUUUAAUGAUAGUAAUUUUGAAGAACAUCGUACCCUUUAUUCACAAGCUAAUGGUUGUUUUAAUACAAGUCAUGAAAAGCCACAUACUCUGGAAGAAUAUGCAAUCGAUCAUUUUCGUCCGCCACCAAAAAAUACAUUUCAACGAACGUUGACAUUUACCUCACCAAGAAAACGUAAUGCUGAACAACUAUGGAAACAUUCACGUGAUCCGAUUAAACAACCGUUAUUGAAAAAAUUAUUAAACAAAGAUGAAUUAGUACAGGAAAGCUCAUUUGCAUUUAAUGCCAUUCUUAAAUAUAUGGGUGAUCUUCCUUCAAGGCGAGUACGUAGCAGUAAUGAUCUUACUGAUCAAAUAUUUGAAGGACCAUUAAAAUAUGAUAUAUUAAGAGAUGAAAUUUAUUGUCAAAUAAUGAAACAAUUGACCGAUAAUAAAAAUCGUUUAAGCGAAGAAAAAGGAUGGGAAUUAAUGUGGCUGGCAACCGGAUUAUUUGUUCCUAGUCAAACAUUAUUACGUCAAUUGACAUUGUUUUUGAAAACAAGACGGCAUCCAGUUGCAAUGGAUUCGCUGCAACGAUUACAUAAAACAUUGCGUAAUGGUCAACGUAAAUAUCCACCACAUUUAGUUGAAGUUGAAGCUAUACAACAUAAAACAACACAAAUAUUUCAUAAAGUUUAUUUCCCUGAUGAUACGGAUGAAGCUUUUGAAGUAGAUUCAAGUACAAGAGCCAAAGAUUUUUGUCUAGAAAUUGCACAAAGAUUAAAUUUAAAAUCGGCUGAAGGAUUUAGUUUAUUCGUAAAAAUAGCCGAUAAAGUUAUUAGUGUACCGGAAGGAGAUUUUUUCUUUGAUUUUGUUCGCCAUUUAACUGAUUGGAUACGAAAAGCUCGGCCAUCACGUGAUGGUAGUGUACCACAAUUUACUUAUCAGGUUUUUUUUAUGAAAAAACUUUGGACCAAUACUGUACCGGGUAAAGAUCGUAAUGCUGAUAUUAGAUUUCAUUAUCAUCAAGAAUUACCUAAAUUACUUCGUGGAUAUCAUAAAUGUACGAAAGAAGAUGCAGCACGUUUGGCUGCAUUAAUCUUACGUGUACGAUUUGGUGAUAGUAAAUUGCCAAUGGAAUUGCAAUCAAUUCAUAAUUUUUUACAUGAAAUUAUACCAAACGAUUUGAUAAAAACACAAAGCUCAAGUGAAUGGAAAAAACAAAUAUUGAUACUAUAUAAUCAGGAUUCCGGUAUGACACCCGAAAAUGCUAAGAUAACAUUUUUAAAAUAUGUUCAUAAAUGGCCUACAUUUGGAUCGGCAUUUUUUGAAGUUAAACAAACUGGUGAUACAACCAAUUAUCCGGAACAUUUAUUAAUUGCCAUCAAUAAAAAUGGUGUCAGUUUAAUUGAUCCGAAUACGAAAAAUAUUUUGGUCACACAUCCAUUUACAAGAAUUUCCAAUUGGAGUAGCGGUAUUACUUAUUUUCAUAUGACAAUUGGAAAUUUAGUACGUGGUAGUAAAUUACUUUGUGAAACAUCAUUGGGUUAUAAAAUGGACGAUCUACUUACAUCAUACAUAAGUUUAAUGUUGAAUAAUCUGAAUAAACAGAAAAAUACUAUUAAAUCAUCAAAGUGAAA